GGGCGUUGCCCCAGGUGGAGAUUGAGCAGGGGGUGGAGUUUGGAGGCCUGGGCGGAGUUUAGACUGGAAGUAGGGAUGAUUGCGGUGGAAAAGCCAUUCGGCCUGAUGCAGGGCAGGGCUUAGGGAGGGAGGGGUCCGAGUCCUUGAGCCCUGGUGCUGGGUGUGAGGCGAGGAAAGGGCUCGACCCCCCAUUGUGGGGGCUUCAGGGACUGGCCGGAGUGCUGCCGUGGGGACUCGGAAGACCCUCCGGGGAAUGGGCCGGCGGGAAGCCGGAAGUCUUGGCGCUGAGCCUGCUCUGCCUUCCCGGGAGCCCAGCUCCAUUUCCUUUCUUCCCUUGGAGCUCAGGGCGCUCUGCCUUCUGGAAGCCUGCUCUGUGCCUGCAAGCCCCAGGGAAAAAAGCAAACUGUCCUAACCAUGUGGCAGGGGAAGGAAAGAACUCCAGGAGACAGUGGCCCUUUCACAAAGGCUGUCUUUGAUAGCCCUCAGGAGUUAAUAACAUUCAAGGAUGUGGCUGUGGACUUCACCCAGGAGGAAUGGGGACUCUUGGACCAUCCUCAGAAGGAGUUGUACAAGGAGGUCAUGCUGGAGAAUGCCUGGAACCUGCUCUCCCUGGGGCUUCCAGUUCCCAGAGAAGAUAUGAUCUCUUAUUUUGAACAAAGGGAAGUACCAUGGAUGCUGGACCAAGAAGGCCAGAGGCUCUGCUGUCCAGAAGGAGAGAUCAGACUUGAAAUGAAUGAAAGUUGUUCAGAGGAAAGCCUUCCUGUGGAAGAAAUUCACAAGCAAAGUUUCAAGAGUGAUGGUCCCUGUGACUUCCCUUGGAGAGAAAUAUGUGCUACAAAUCAGAAAUAUGUUCCCCACACUGGAGAAAAAGCUUUUAAAUGUAAUCAGUGUGGAAAGAGUUUCACAUGGAGGUCCCGUCUUGUUAACCAUCAGAGACUCCAUACUGGAGAGAAACCAUUUGAAUGUAAUCAAUGUGAGAAAACCUUUAGUCGAAACUCCUAUCUUGUUCUCCACCAGAGACUCCAUACUGGAGAGAAACCUUAUGAAUGUAAUCAGUGUGGAAAGGCUUUUACACAGAGUUCUCAGCUUAAUUUACAUCAGAGAAUCCACACUGGAGAAAAACCAUAUGAAUGUAAUCAAUGUGGGAAGGCCUUUAGCAGAAGCUCCAAUCUUGCUGCCCAUCAGAGACUCCAUAGUGGAGUGAAACCUUUUGAAUGUAAUCAUUGUGGAAAGGCUUUUACUCAGAGGUGUGAUCUAAAUGUGCAUCAGAGAAUCCACAGUGGAGAGAAACCUUAUGAAUGUAAUCAGUGUGGAAAGGCUUUUACACAUAGGUCUGGUCUUAAUGUGCAUCAGAGAAGGCACAGUGGGGAGAAACCUUAUGAAUGUAAUCAGUGUGGAAAGGCUUUUAUAGAGAGGUGUAGGCUUGAUUUACAUCAGAGAAUCCACAUUGGAGAGAAACCAUAUGAAUGUAAUCAAUGUGGGAAGACUUUUAGCAGAAGCUCCAAUCUUGCUGCCCAUCAGAGACUCCAUACUGGAGUGAAACCUUAUGAAUGUAAUCAGUGUGGAAAGGCUUUUACUGAGAGGUCUGGUCUUAAUGUGCAUCAGAGAAUCCACAGUGGAGAGAAACCUUAUGAAUGUGAUCAAUGUGGAAAGGCUUUUACACAGAAGUCUACUCUUAAUGUGCAUCAGAGAAGCCACAGUGGGGAGAAACCUUAUGGAUGUAACCAAUGUGGAAAGUCUUUAAAAUCCAUCUAUAGUCUUGCUGCCCAUCAGAGAAUCCACACUGGAGAGAAACCUUAUGAAUGCAAUCAGUGUGGGAAGACUUUUACAGUAAGCUCUAGUCUUGCUGCCCACCAGAGACUCCAUACUGGAGAGAAACAUUAUGAAUGAAAUCAGUGUGUAAAGGCUUUUACACAGAGUUCUCAGCUUAAUUUACAUCAGAGAAUCCACACUGGAGAAAAGGCUUUUAAAUGUAAUCAGUGUGGAAAGUCUUUCAGAUCCAGCUCCUAUCUUGUUAACCAUCAGAGACUCCAUACUGGAGAGAAACCAUUUGAAUGUAAUCAAUGUGGGAAGACCUUUAGCAGAAGCUCCAAUCUUGUUGCCCAUCAGAGACUCCAUACUGGAAUAAAACCAUAUGAAUGUAAUCAGUGUGGAAAGACUUUUACUCAGAGGUCAGGUCUUAAUGUGCAUCAGAGAAGCCACACUGGAGAGAAACCUUAUGAAUGUAAUCAAUGUGGAAAGUCUUUAAAAUCCAUCUAUAGUCUUGCUGCCCAUCAGAGAAUCCAUACUGGAGAGAAACCUUAUGAAUGUAAUCAAUGUGGAAAGGCUUUUACACAGAGGUCUAGUCUUAAUUUUCAUCAGAGAAGCCACACUGAACCUUAUGAAUGUAAUCAAUGUGGAAAGGCUUUAAAAUCCAUCUACAGUCUUGCUGCCCAUCAGAGAAUCCACACUGGAGAGAAACCUUAUGAAUGUAAUCAGUGUAGAAAGGGUUUCACAUGUAGGUCCCGUCUUGUUAUCCAUCAGAGACUCCAUACUGGAAAGAAACCAUUUGAAUGUAACCAAUGUGGGAAAACUUUUAGACAGAACUCCAAUCUUGCUGCCCACCAGAGACUCCAUACUGGAGAGAAACCUUAUGAAUGUAAUCAGUGUGGAAAGGCUUUUGUAGAGAGGUGUAGGCUUAAUUUACAUCAGAGAAUCCACAUUGGAGAGAAACCUUAUGAAUGUAAUCAAUGUGGAAAGGCUUUUACACUGAAGUAUACUCUUAAUGUGCAUCAGAGAAGCCACAGUGGGGAGACACCUUAUGAAUGUAAUCAAUGUGGUAAGUCUUUCAGAUACAGUUCCUAUCUAGCUGCCCAUCAGAGAGUUCACACUGGAGAGAAACCUUAUGAAUGUAAUCAGUGUGGGAAGAAUUUCACAUGUAGGUCCCGUCUUGUUAACCAUCAGAGACUCCAUACUGGAGAGAAACCAUUUGAAUGUAAUCAAUGUGGGAAGGCCUUUAGCAGGAGCUCCAAUCUUGCUGCCCAUCAGAGACUCCAUACGGGAAUAAAACCUUAUGAAUGUAAUCAGUGUGGAAAGGCUUUUACUGAGAAGUCUGUUCUUAAUGUUCAUCAGAGAAGCCACACUGGAGAGAAACCUUAUGGAUGUAAUCAAUGUGGAAAGUCUUUAAAAUCCAUCUACAGUCUUGCUGCCCAUCAGAGAAUCCAUACUGGAGAGAAACCUUAUGAAUGUAAUCAAUGUGGAAAGGCUUUUACACAGAAGUCUAGUCUUAAUGUCCAUCAGAGAAGCCACACUGAACCUUAUGAAUGUAAUCAAUGUGGAAAGGUUUUAAAAUCCAUCUACAGUCUUGCUGCCCAUCAGAGAAUCCACACUGGAGAGAAACCUUAUGAAUGUAAUCAAUGUGGAAAGGCUUUUACACAGAAGUCUAGUCUUAAUGUGCAUCAGAAAAGCCACAGUGGAGAGAAACCUUAUAAAUGUAAUCACUGUGGGAGAACUUUCAAAUGGAGGAAGAGUGUUGAUAUACAUCAGAGGAUCCACACUGGAGAGAAACCUUAUGAAUGUAGUCUGUGUGGGAAGUCUUUCAGAUACAGUUCUGAUCUUGCUGUCCAUCAGAGAAGCCACAGUGAAGUUUAAGUGAACCUUAAAUAUGUAAUCAUUGUGGAAAAACUUACAAAUGGAGGAAGGGCAUUGCUGAACAUGAGAGAAUCCAUUCUGGAGAGAAACCUCAUGCAUGUAAUAAAUAAGGAAAGGCUUUUACAAGGAGAUCUGGUCUUAAUAUAAAUCAUAGUAUCCACACUGGAGAGAAACUUUGUGAAUGUAAUUCAUGUGGAAAGGCUUUUACACAGGGACACUCUUUCUCUAUACUAGAGAAUUCACAGUGGAGAGCAAUUAUAGCCAAAGAAUUAUUAAACCGCCUAACCCUUUGACCCAGCAAUAUCACUACUAGGUCUAUUUCCAAACAUGAUUUAGCACUGAGUACUUCAGAAAUCUUGAAGAGCUUGAGACAUAAUAAAAAUGUCAUAUUUUAAAUGUGUAAUCAUGACCAAAAAGGAAAAUAAUAAAUGUUGGAGAAGCUGUAGAAAAAAUGGAACACUAAUGCAUUGUUGGUGGAGUUGUGAACUGAUACAACCAUUCUGGAGAGCAAUUUGGAGCUAA